AUGAUCAGCAUUCUUUUUCGGCAUCUCGUUUGGCAUCGAAAUCGCGUCGUCAGCGCCAUCUCGAGUCGCCGCCCUGCGAGCCCAUCCACUGUUUUCCGAAGCCAUCAGACCCGCACUUACUGUUCGACUGUGGAGAUCGACCUGAAUGUGCACAAAUCAAACAGCACUUUCUACGCUGACCUCGACCUCAGUCGGCUUGAGCUUCUGAUGACCCUUUUCAAGGACGCCCUUACACCCCUCAGCCCACGGGCCACAUUGGCGUCUGAGCAUGCAUUCAGCCGUCGGAAUCGAAGGCGCCCAUUGAUUGCCGCUCUCGGAGGUGUGGCAUGUCUCUUUCGACGAGAAAUUAAGCCUUAUCAAAAGUAUGAAGUGGUGACACGGGUAUUGACGUGGGAUGAGAAAUGGCUCUACCUUGUGAGCUACUUUGUGAAGCCGGGUGGCGCCAAAGGAUCGCAAAUCGCCGAAGACAAGAUUUUCGCGUCUGCGAUUUCGCGAUACGUCUUCAAGAAAGGACGGCAGACUGUGACACCAGCGGAGGUGAUGCGUCACUCUGGACUUCUCAGCGAUCACACAUGGCCGAGUGAUGUUGACAUUACUGCACGUCAACGAGAUCACCCCGAUCUUCCUUGCCAAAUAUUUCCACACCACUCAACAACCCUCGAGGAAAUGGUGGAUUCCUGGACGUGGCUUGAUGUGGAAGCGGAGCGCCAGCGCGGCUUAUCUUUCGCUCGAAGUUUUAGCGGGUUUGAAGGCUUGCAAGGGCUAAGUGUCAAAAAUUCCUAG